AUGAGUAUUCAGACCGCAGCCACACUCAAGAAGCUGGCAAUUCAGUCUCUGGUGAGAGAUGAGGCUUUGGCCAUAUCCGCUCUGGAGGAUCUCCCCUCUGUACUCUUCCCAGCACUGUUCAAGGAGGCUUUCAGUGGCAGACAAACCAAGCUCAUAAAGGCAAUGUUGGCAGCCUGGCCUUUCCCCUGUCUCCCUGUGGGGGCAUUGAUGAAGUCGCCUACACUGGAAAUGUUGCAAGCUGUGCUAGAUGGAAUAGACAUGCGACUGACUAAAGGGUUUCACCCCAGAAAGGGAAAACUUCAGGUUCUGGACCUGAGGAAUGUGCACCAUGCCUUUUGGAACAUAUGGGCCGGUACAGAGGACGAUAGCUGUUCUUCGGAGCCCUUGGAUGAGAAGCCGGUAGUGAAGGUCCUUCCCAGAUAUGCAGUGAGGAGGCAGCUGAAGGUGGUAGCCGAGUUGUGCCUCAGGCCACGCCUUGAUGAAGCACAAGCAGCCUUCUUGAAGUGGGCCCAGCAGAGAAAGGACUCCCUACAUUUGUGUUGUGCAAAGAUGAAGAUCUGGGCUAUGCCCAUGGACUUUAUCAGCAAGAUCUUGAAUAUAUUUCAUCCAGAGCAUAUUGAGGAAUUGGAACUGAACACUCAGUGGAAUUUGUACAAGCUGGCCGAAUUUGCUUCCUGCUUUGGGCAGAUGAGAAAUCUUUGCAAACUCUUCCUGGCACCCCUCUACUAGAACGUCUUCAAGAUUGCCAAUAGGACAGGAGACAGAGAAGAGCAGUAUAUCCAGGAGUUCAUAUCUGUCUUCUCCAAAUUCAAUUGUCUCCAGCAUCUCUCCAUGAGUGGUGUCCAUUUCCUCAAAGACCACAUGAAUCAGGUCCUCAGGCACCUGAUGACGCCACUGAGCUCCCUUUCUGUCACUCACUACCAACUUUCACAGUCAGACAUGGAUUCCUUCUCCCACUGCCAGAGUGUCUUUCAGCUAAAACAUCUGGAAAUGAGAGGUGUGGUUCUAACAGAUUUGGAUCUGAUGCCUAUGAAAUGUCUCCUCCAAAAAGUGGCAGAUACUCUAGAAACUCUGGAUUUUCAGGGAUGUAGGGUGAAGGACUCCCAGCUCAUUGCCCUCCUACUUGCCCUCACACAUUGCUCUCAGCUCACCAAGAUCAACUUCUACAACAAUUGCUUCUCCAUGCCCAUCCUGAAGGACCUUUUGGAGCACACAGUCAACUGGAGCAAGAUGAAUGUGGAACAAUACUCUGCCCCUCUGGAGUGCUAUGAUAGGUUGGCUCAUGUCUACAGAGUAAGAUUUUCCCAACUGUGUCUGCAGCUACUGGAAACUCUCAGGGCAAUAAGGCAGCCCAAGAACAUCUCCUUUGCUACAGAUAAUUGUCCUAAAUGUGGUGAGCGCUGUGUUCUGGACCUGAGGAAUGUGCACCAUGCCUUUUGGAACAUAUGGGCCGGUACAGAGGACGAUAGCUGUUCUUCGGAACCCUUGGAUGAGAAGCCGGUAGUGAAGGUCCUUCCCAGAUAUGCAGUGAGGAGGCAGCUGAAUGUGGUAGCCGAGUUGUGCCUCAGGCCACGCCUUGAUGAAGCACAAGCAGCCUUCUUGAACAGGGGAAAACUUCAGGUUCUGGACCUGAGGAAUGUGCACCAUGCCUUUUGGAACAUAUGGGCCGGUACAGAGGACGAUAGCUGUUCUUCGGAGCCCUUGGAUGAGAAGCCGGUAGUGAAGGUCCUUCCCAGAUAUGUAGUGCGGAGGCAGCUGAAGGUGGUAGCCGAAUUGUGCCUCAGGCCACGCCUUGAUGAAGCACAAGCAGCCUUCUUGAAGAAGCAGGCUUUGUAG